UCUCCAUGCUGUGGCCAACCACAAAGCUCGGGCCGUACGAGGGAGAUACUUCUGUAGCCAAUUGCUGCUUGCUCUCUUAGCGCGUCAUCGAAGGCAACAUGGCGGCGCACAUUACCAGAGCUGUGAAACGACUUGUUCCACAGGAGAGCGGCUGGCUCCUGCCCGCAGCCUGGCAGUUGUGUACCAAAGCAUGGCAUCAUCACCAUCACUCUGCAGGCCCCUCGCUGCGCUACAUACCCCGCAGGGCGGUUCUCUAUUGCCCUGGCAAUGAUGAGCGAAAAUUGAGGAAACUAGCCUCGCUGGAUGUCGACUGUGCCGUCUUGGACUGUGAGGAUGGUGUAGCCCUCAGCAAAAAGACAGAGGCCAGGGAGACCAUUCCCAGGAUGUUAGCGGAACUGGACCUGGGCCGGACAGAGAAGUGUGUGAGGGUGAACUCAGUGUCCAGUGGCUUAGCUGAGGCUGACCUGGAGGUCAUCCUGCAGGCUGAGGUUCUCCCUCCUGCCAUCAUGUUGCCCAAAGUGGAAGACACGCAAGAGGUGCAGUGGUUUGUUGACAGGUUUCAGCACAACUUGAAAGGACGGGCACUGACAGAACCCAUUCGCCUGGUCACCUUUGUGGAAACCGCUGUGGGCCUGCUCAAUUUUAAGGUGGUGUGUGAGGAAAUCCGUCGACUUGCUCCCAAGGCUGGUCUCCACCAUGACGCCGUGGUGUUUGGCUCUGAUGACUUCUGUGCCAGCAUAGGUGCCACGCGGACUAAAGAUGCCAGGGAGCUCCAUUACGCAAGGCAGAAGGUGGUUGUGACCACCAAAGCAUUUGGGCUGCAGGCUAUCGACCUGGUCUACAUUGACUACAAAGAUGUGGUGGGGCUGAGGCGACAGGCCAGAGAGGGAGCCCUCAUGGGCUUCACAGGUAAGCAGGUUAUCCACCCAGGGCAGAUCCAGGCUGUGCAGGAAGAGUUCUCCCCCAGUCAAGAGAGAGUCCAGUGGGCCACUGAACUCAUUGCUGCUUUUGACCAACACCAAAGGGAGGGAAAGGGUGCGUUCACCUUCCGCGGCAGCAUGAUUGACAUGCCCUCGGUGAAGCAGGCACAGAACAUCAUAACGCUCUCUGACGUGGUGCCAGAGAAAUAACAUGACUGGUGAGAAGAAACGUGAGGAACCAUACGACUAAACCCUGACAGGAGAGGUCAAAGGAAACUGGAAGUGUUGCAGGUUUCGUGACAAAAAUAGCCCCUCAAAAGCUCAUAAGCUAUGUUGCCUGACAUAAUUGGAUAGUGUAACUUGUGGUAUAAAUUUAAGUUUUUAAUAAUUGUUGAAAUGUUUUAGCGGUUGCAGUGAAGUUUUACUUUUGCUGUAGAGGUCCAGUUUAUGUUUAAAAUACACUUUCAGAUGUUUUCAGUAAUAAAAAAUUUGCACAUAGCGAGUAGCAACCGCAGAUAUCUGCACCUUGAAACCAAGUGUUGAGGAUUAUUGCCCUGUGUGGGUACUUUCUUGGCACACUCUGCAGUGUGUGUGUGCCAUCAUGUCAUUCUCCAGUGUGUGUGCCCAUGCCUUCCAUCUCUCCUAGGUCAUGAUGAAUGCUCUCCCAUCUCCAUGGUCCAGGCAGCUGGGCGAAAGGGUAAACAAACACAACAAGCCACUGUUGUGGAUCUAUUCAUUAGGCCCCAGUCUUCUAGUCAGGCCUCAGCCCCCUGCCCAGGGUCUGACUCACAAACAUCAAAGUCUUGCUCGCUUAAAAAAACACAGAUGGAAGUGCGUAAACUCACGAUUUAGCUUUUUUGUGUCAGUCUUCUUAGUAAAGACAUGUAGCUCGCUUUGUGGCAGCUGUGAGCCUGUGGUCUUGAUAGAGAAGACGUGUGGCGUCAGACACACCAUGACCUGUAUGAAAAAUAAACACUGCAUACAUGCACAUGCUGCGACAAUAUUCUUUACCUGAUUUCUCAUUUAACACAAAGAGUUUAACUUACAUUUUCAGCUUUCUAGAUUAAGUUCACCUGUUUUUUUUGUUUGUUUUUUUUAUCAGCAUCUUCAAAAACUAUUUAAUUUAUCCACAGUUUUAAAUGGUCACUUUUCUAAAAAUGAACUCACAAACAAGUUCAGUAAAGUCGUUUGUUGUGCUGUCACAAAUAAAAGUACAAAGGGGCUCUGUGGAGUGCUUGUGCACGUCUGACUUCCAGAGACAGUGAAGUGGGUGUGAUGUUAGAGUGAGACAGAUUAGUGGCCAUGUUGCUCCAGCAGACCAGGACCGAGGCUUUGUCUCUCUGACUGUGGAUGGGAGGAUAAUUGGGGGGGUGUUGAAUGGUUAAUAGUGCCAUUGGUGACCAUGGUAAUGAAAGGCACCAUACCUCCCCCACCCCACCUCAUCCACUCUCUCUCUGUCUCUCUCUCUCUCGUACUGUAUGAGCUAUUGUGUCUGGGGCAGGACUGUGCCAGGCCAGGCCAGACAAAAAGAUCGAAACCACUCCUGUGCCAAGCCAAAGACCCAAACAGUAAGCUGUCUCUUUGGCAUUUGGCCACAUAUUUCUCGCACCCCUGGCUCACUUUUUCUGUCGGGAAUUCACAUUCAGCUUGUUUGUUUGUUUUCACCCAAUCUACUAUUAUACCCUAAGGUUGGUGAACAAAACUGCUAUUAUGUAUGACUUUCAUUAAAUAAAUCCGCAAACAUGAUUUGGGUAGAGUCAUUUUGUGAGGCUCUGCAGAUCUUUAAAAUAGAUGUUGGACAAGCCAUAUCUUGAACUUGGUCGACUUAAACGGUAUAAUAUUUAAAGCAGAUAUUUCUUCUACUUGUCAGUUCCAGAAUUUGUAGAUUGUGAGUAGCCUGUACUGAUUGCUUAAAUCAUAAUGUAUCUUGAUUUUGUGUUAUGUCAUUUAAACAGGCUAUGUGGAUUUUGAUCAAACUUUGAAAUACUUUUUAAACUUCUUGUUGUAAAAGUCUUGUUGCAAUCCGAUCUGAAAUGAAUGCAGAAAAAGUUACAGAAUGAAAAUCGACUUUGGUUCUUGUAUGAAUAAGUAAAAGUGCAGUCAAAUGUGUCUCUUUAAUUGCUAAAACGUUAGCAACGUAAAGUUAAAUACAAAUAAAGAGCUGUUCCUAACGGUU